GGCUUUGAAGCAAUUUAUACAUUUAUCACGUUUUUUACGCAUUUCAAGCCGGCUCACAAAACUGAGCUGCCGUUGUGUAUGGAACGUUUGCACAUCUGUGUAACUAGUGAUGUGUUAGACCUUGUCUUUUCUGAAUACAUGUUUCAGGUGAAACGAUAUACGGGUCGGCCAAAUUAUUUUCACGUAUAUGCAGACUUGUUAUCGGGUUUGAUUCGCGAUAAGCUGUGCCAUGCCGCUGGUAAUCUUAUCAUUGAGUGAUAAUAGUUAUAAGUGUCAGUGAGUUAUGUGCUGUGCGAAACGUUGGUACUUGCGGCACAGGCAACUGCUCCAGAGUUCGGUUGGCACGUCUUACAAUAGUGUGCAUUAGUGAAUGACCAUGGAGGCGAAACAUCUUUGCCUAUUGUUGCUGGCUUUUGUUCCGUUUACAACCGUAAGAGGACAGAAUGGCGACGAUUUACCUAUACCGAUGGAGAAUGAUAACCAAUUUCCUCCGGAGCAGCAGGCUGCACCGAGCGAUGGGGAUAUGCUCGAAGGAAGUGGAAUUGGGGCUAUUCCGCCACCAGAAACUGAAGACAAGCCAUCAAGUACCACUACCGAACAACCGCCAAUUGAAGAUAUUUUAAGUGGAACCAGCCAACUACUGAUUGAACAAGAUAGCGCUGACAAUAAAGAUAACCCAGAUAGUCAACUGUCUUGUCCAGAAAAAUGUUUAUGUAACGUAGAGGGCGAUGACUUUACAACCGACUGCUCAGGUGCAGAGCUCACAAUAUUCCCUGAAACCAUUGAUUUGAAAACUACAAAACUAAAAUUGCAAAAUAAUAAAUUAACAGAAAUACCAAAGGAAAUAUCUACCUUGACAAACUUGAAGGUUUUGAACGCUAGUGGCAAUUUGAUCCAGGAUUUGGCUCUCGGAUCAAUCAGCACGUUGUCUGGACUACUUGUUCUAGACCUACAAAAUAAUCGCAUGUUACAAUUUCCAAUGGAUCUGAAGAAUAGUUUCGGAUUAACAAAAUUAGAAACACUAAAUUUAGGUGGAAAUGACAUUAGAGAGCCAUUGGAAUCUGACGCGUUGGGAAAAUUUACAUCACUGCAAAAUAUUGUUGUACCCGCUAACGCAUUUGAUGAAGAAGUCGAAGCGGGAUUAUGCAAAUCAUUAGCUAGCAGUUUAAAAAUAAUAUGUGUUGACACUUGUGAGAAAGAAAAAACAUGCCCAGAUUCACUAGAUGAUAUUGAAAACGAUUUUAUUGAUGCUCAAAUCCCAGGAGCUAUAUUUAGUGAUAACGAAGAAGAAAUUGACAUUGAACCAACAGUGGAUACACCUGAAAUAAAUGGUGUACACAAUGAAAUGCCUAUCUCAGUUGAUAAUGAGACCCCAUUAGAAAAUGAAGUAAAUGAAAAAGAUUUAAACAUCUCAGAAACAAGUCCAGUAAAAGAAUUUUCUUCCCGGAGUGAUAUAAAAGAACCCGAGACUGGAUCAUCAAAUAUUAUGCCUGAAACAGCAUAUAGUCCAGUUAAAACAGACGAAGCUACAGCAAUUUCAAGGUUUAGUACUUUAGUAGAGGCUGAUAAUUCUGAUGAACCAAGGGGAAAACUUAAUAUUCCAGCUGAGCCUGCAUCUAAACAAAAAGAAGCUAAGCCAGAUACAAAUGAUUCAUCUAAUUAUAAAGUUGGUGCAACUACAGCCGAUUCAAAAACCGGGGGUGUAAACAAAAGUAUUAUUGGAAUAAUAGUUGCGGGUAUGGUGGUAGUAGUAGCUGGAAUUACAAUUAAAAAGAAUUGGACAGCAAUUAGAAAGAGAUUCAGUUCUAAUUCCAAUUCAAGAACACCAGAUCGUCAACAGACCGCAGGUAAUGCAAAUGGAACAACUGCUCCAGAAGAAAUACCUUUGCAAGAUAAAUCUCCCGUUUAAUGGGUGCAUUUUUGUGUUACAAUUGACUCUUUGUGGUUUCGAUCUGAAUGUCAUAGAAAAUUAUUUAUUGUCAAAAUAAAUUUCUAGAACUGCAGUUGGUAGAGACUAUGAAAACGUUAGGUGAUAUUUGUGCUGUGUGAUUUUAAUACAAAAAGUGUGUCAUGGAUACUUCGAUGUAAGCGUAAUUUAAGGCUUUUAAUUUCCUGUCUAAUAAUACUUAUUUAUACUGGAAUGAAAAUUAGUACAUAAAUAGAGAAAACCUAAAGUUGAAAAUUGGAGUCACUUUGAAAAACAACCGUAAAAUAUAUUUUUUUUACGAAGAUUGUAGUCGAUCACACCAGUCAACUUUAUCAACGCAGCAUGUGCAUAUGAUUAUGAACUGAAAUUGAAGUGGUGGUCGCUACAAUCAAUAGUAAAAUAUGGAAAGAGAUACAAAAAUGUAAAUAAGAAAAUCCAUUUACGUAUAUAAUAAGAAAAUAUUCAAUGUUAGGUACAUGUUUUGUACUUAACAUAAUAAAAAUAUAUAAAUAUAA